GGGCGUUCCAAUCGCUCCACAGGUCCAAGGUCGAGCAGCAAGCAGCAUGCGCGUCUACUUUGACAUGGCCGUGGGCGGCAAGUCCAUUGGGCGCAUCGACUUCCGCCUCUAUGAAGACGUGCCCAAGACGGCCGAGAACUUCCGCGCGCUCUGCACCGGCGAGCGCGGCCUCGGCAAGACCACCAAGAAGCCUCUCCACUACAAGGGCUCGAUCUUCCACCGGAUCAUCGCGGGCUUCAUGUGCCAGGGCGGCGACUUCUCGAACCGCAAUGGCACGGGCGGCGAGUCCAUCUACGGGGCCAAGUUUGCGGACGAGAACUUCAAGCACAAGCACACGAAGGCUGGCUUGCUCUCGAUGGCCAACGCGGGUCCGAACACGAACGGCUCGCAGUUCUUCAUCACGCUCGCGCCGACGCCGCACCUCAACGGGAAGCACGUGGUCUUUGGCGAGGUCAUUGAUGGCAUGGACGUGGUGCGCAAGAUGGUAGCAGUCGACCGCGGUCGCAACGACAAGCCCGUGAUGGACGUGACGAUCGCCGACUGCGGCGAGAUCUCGGCCAAGUCCACGGAGGAAAAGAGAGCCAAGAAGAAGAAGAAGAAGGAUGCCAAGGCCAAGAAGCACCGCGACGACGACAGCGACGACCGCUCGUCUCGCUCCCGUGAGCGCAAGCCGCCGUCGUCCCGCAGGUCGCGCGACGCCAGCGAGUCGCCCAAGCGGCAUUCCAAGCGGUCGCGCUCCCGGUCUCGGUCGCGCAGCCGUCGCCACCGGUCGUCAUCGCCGGACGAGCACCACCGUCGCCGCUCCUCGUCACCCCGUCGGGAUCGCCGCCGCCGGUCGUCGUCGGACGACCGUUCCUCCCGGCGCUAGGUCGUUGCAGCGUGGAUAGUCUUGUCAAAACAAAGG